AUGUCUCCCCCAUUCUUCAAGGUCCAACUUAGCGGGGAACACCAAGAGGGAAGGAGGAGGCAAGAAUGGGUGGAUCUGGGAUCAACACCCAUAAUGGAGAUGGAUUGCGAUGCCGUUCCCAUGACUCAUGGGGAGCACCUCAAUGUCACUGUGUAUGGGUACAUCUAUUCAAUGUACAACACAUCUGGCUGCCGCCUUGCUGCAUUUCCAAUGAUGGACAAUGCUCCUGAUGACAGAAGCCCAAACAUCGACCAAAUCAAUGUGAUGAGCCUAUUCAGACCCAAACCCAACUUCGCUCCCAAAGUUCAUCAUGCCUGUGUCAUGGUUGAGGGCGCAAAUAUUGUCAUCAGCGGCUAUAUUCUUUCUCGUCCUACUGCCAGAAAGAAGACCUUCGAGUUAGCCAUUCAACUUUACCUAUUGAGGGUCACCAAGGCUGUUGAUGCCGGAUAUCCUCCUCCAGAGAUGAUCCUGCCCAGAACUGGCCUAUUUAAUGAUAGUGAGAACGUACUUUUGCAUAAGAACUACUGCAAUGCAGGCACACUCAUUGGCCACAUCGAAAAGCAUCCAGUACAUGCCACUACCGAUCACAAUGACUCGCGACGUCCAGAUAAUCGAUACAGUGAUGUGCAAGGGUUUGUCAACCCUCCAAGGGUCAGGGGUAAGGGUCAGGAGGGUAAGGGUCAGGGUAAGGAUUUUGUGACCCUCAACAAACCCUUGACCCUUCUGAAGGGUCAGGGGUUUCAUUUCUCUAAUAUUAAGGUAAAAUAUCAUCCAAAGAGGCCUCACUACCUUUGCAACACUUAG